AUGAAACGUCAAGGUUAUCCCACCAUCUCUGUCGUUGAGCUUCUUACCACUCUCAAUGACGCCGUUACUAACAGCGCAUCGCAAUGUCAGGCCGCAAUCGGCUCAGUCCCAAAGGCCGAUGCAAACAUCACUGACUGGUUGAGCAACGCCUUGUGGCACAUCAAGCCCAAGAAUCUUGGAAUUUUGGAGGUGCAGGACGAGCCGACAGCAGUGAGAAUAUUGCAGAGCACUUCGAUCAGAUCGGUUCUGCCAAGACUGCAAAACAGGCAGUCAACGCCAUCGGACGCGCAGUGCUCGGCGAAUCAAGCAAACUGA